UUCUUACGUUUUUGCUGCUGGGGACCCUGUUGGUACUUGUUUAUGAGACUCAAACAGACUCAUACCCUGAAUCCAUCCACUCAUACCAUGGGGAAGUUGAACAUUCAGAAGAUCAAAAGGCUUCACACACAAUUUUCUCACUGUUAAGAGGACGUUUGAAAAGUCAAAUGGGGAAUCUGUCACAAAAUUUACCACUAAGAUGUGAACGAAACACAACGAUGGCAAAUGUCUACGGCUUUGACUCCUUUUCUCCUAUGAUUCAAGACUUUCUCUACUAUCGUCACUGUCGCAGUUUCCCCAUAAUACUGGACCUUCCCAACAAAUGUGGAGGAGUUGAUGAGCCUGAGGACAUCUUUCUUUUGCUUGUUAUUAAAAGCUCUCCAACUAACUAUGAGCGAAGGGAGGUUCUGCGCAAGACCUGGGCUAAAGAGAGGUCAUAUAAGGGGAAGAUGAUUCGAAGAAUCUUUAUUAUAGGAACUAAUGGGACGGGUUUGGAGAAGGAGAGACUGAACAAUCUUGUCACACUGGAACAUAAACAUUACAAUGACAUCCUCCAAUGGGACUUCAAGGACUCAUUUUACAACCUCACUUUGAAGCAGAUACUCUUCCUUGAGUGGAUGGGCAGAUAUUGUUCGCAGGCUCGUUUCCUGCUGAAUGGUGACGACGACGUCUUUGCCCAAACUGACAACAUGAUUGAAUAUCUUCAAAGUCUUCAAGAUAAUGAUGGAAGUAAGCACCUUUUUACUGGCGAUCUGUUAAAAAACUCACUUCCUAUGAGAGACCCAUCGAGUAAGUAUUUCGUUCCACUUCUGAUUUAUGAAAAAGACGUCUACCCACCCUACUGUGGCGGUGGGGGAUUCCUUCUGUCAGGCUAUACAGCUUUAGUCAUUUACAAAAUGUCAGCACUGAUCCAAAUUCUUCCUAUUGAUGAUGUUUACAUGGGAAUGUGUUUGGCUGCAAUGAAACUUAAGCCUGACUCUCACAUGGGUGUGAAAACACUAGGAUGGUACAUUCCCUCCAAGAAAAUCGAUAUAUAUGACCCCUGUCACCUUAAAGAAUUACUUUUGCUUCACAAAUUCACCCCUAGAGAUAUAUAUUUCUUGUGGAAUGAAGUACACAAUGCAAAUCUGCAAUGUAGUGACAAAACCUCAACAAUAGUUAAGCCAAAUAAAACUCAAACCCUUUGAACAUGAAUUAUAAAAAGACUAAGGUAAUUGGUUAGCUAGAUAGCGGAACAGUGUAAUCCUGUUUUAUUUGACCAGUGAGCCAGCUAGCUACAUAUGCUAGCUGGCUAGCUAUGCUAGCUGGC